AUGGCAGACACUUCAAUUGACAAUCAGUUCCCCAUUCCCAGCCUCGUGCUGGGAAAGCAGGGCAUUACAGAGACCGCCACCCCUUUGGUCGACAAUGCGUCAUUUGACAUCAAGUGCGAUGCUCUGCGGCUGUUGCUGGCAUGUUUAGAGCAGUCACUGGAACGUUCUCAGUCCAUCGUGCAUCUGCUGCAGUCAGUAUGCCGUGCCUGGUGGGAGGGCAAAAUGGAAUACAGUGACAACCGCGAUGAGAGCUUCGCUCGACAGUCGUUCGCCUGGGCCUUCGCGGACCUUACCUGGCAGAUAUAUCAAGGGCGUCUGGAGAAACCAACAGAGCCUCACCUUUUCUCGGAGCACGCCCCAAUUGUCCUGAUCCAGAUGGCCACGCGCAUUCUGAUUCCGGACCCAAAGGCGCGCAGCCCCGUACCCGUGGAGGAAACUGCACGGGACUACCUCACCUUGCGCACCUUUGCAUCUGUGCCAUUUAUGGAUGUGCUCGAGGCCGAUAUCCAGGCGGAAGCCCACGCCCGGCAGCAAAUUCUCGAAGAUGCGCUCCGCGACACAAGCCUCUCAUCCUCGUCGCGGGCCCUCGUGCUCGUGGCCCUGCAAACACAACCUCCGUCACGAGUACCCCUCGACGCUGCAGCAGAGGAAGCAAACCAAAAGCAAGCACUCAAGUUGUCCAAGUUCGCCCAGUAUUUCUACAGCACGGAAUAUAUGAAGGGCGAGCCCCUGGUUGCCAUCAAGGCCUCCAUCCUCGAGAGCUCCUUCUACACCGCGCUCCUGAAGGCCAAGCGCGCGGAUAUCUUCCCCAUGACCGACGCCAAAGAACACGAUAAAUAUCUCGAGUAUAUCCCCCCGAUGUCCACUCUGCAGAGCAAUUACCAUGAGCGCGGCUUCCCGCCGCAAUGGCUGCAUGACCUACACCUCUGGUCCAUGUUCAUCUUCCUCGUCGACGAAAACAUGGAAGCCGCAGUUGUACACUUCACCCCGGACGAACUCCACGACUUCGCCGCCGGCCUCGAGCUCAUCCAUCCCGACCCAGACCCGCGCUACUCCAUCAUCGCGACACCUCAGCUCCCUUCACUCGCGUCCCCGUCCGCCACCACCCCUCCCCCCAACCGAACUCCCCGCGUCCAGACCGCCCUAGACCUGUACUACUCCUGGGCGCGAUGGGUGACGAACUGGCCGCGCCUCGCCCACGCCACGGCAACAGACAUGAACGAGUUCCGCUCGGAAGUGAAAAAGUACCUUCUCGCCCACGUGCACCAAAUCUGGGACAACAUACGCCUCGCCGCGCAACAAAACCGCUCCCCGACCAUCCCGGACCCGUCCGCGCCCCUGACCCGCUUCGAUUCCCCGCGCACCGCCUACGCGACUUGGGUACACACCAUCGGGGCAUCCCAUAUCUCCGGCACCAUCAGCCUCCCCUGGGUAGCCUGCUACAUGGGGAGCGGCAUCCGCGGCGGGCGCGACGGAUGGAGCUCCGUGAUGCAGCGCAUGCUCGCGCACGAGAUGAACCAGCACGUGGGCGCCUACUGUCGCCUCUACAACGACUACGGCUCUGUCACCCGCGACGCGAUCGAAGGGAACCUCAACAGCGUGAACUUCCCCGAGUUCUGGACCGGCGUGUCCCCGCAAGACAUCCAAGCGAAUGACGGCGAAGUGCGAGCGACCAUCAAGGCGGAUCUGCUUGCAGUCGCUAAGCACGAGCGCCGCAUGGCUGAUUAUCUGGGCGAUAAGCUGUACAAGAGCCUGGAAGACGAGGGGGGGAAAGAGGGACGCUGGAUUGCCGGGGCGCUCAGAGUGUAUUUCCGCUCCGCGGAAUUGUUUUCCGAUAUGUAUUUGACCAGGGAUGUUACCAAUACUGUGAAAUAA